GGCGAAUGUCGUCAGGAGGGGUGUGACCCCACCUGGCCUCCUUGGUGCUGGCCCAACUUGUUUGGUCGUAACAUCAGGUCUCCUCUCCUUUGGCCAAGUCCCUUUGGCCUUUAAAUAUCGAGUUAACAAAUCUCGCGGUCGCUCUUCCACCGCUCGUCGCAACGACUUGCUUUCUGUGCUUCUUUCUUCGGCGGUUGAGAUGCCUUCUUGUUCUGCUUGCGAGUCGCAAGGGAUUGCAAAAUGCGCUGUGUCGCCUCGUGAUUCCUCUCGUUGUGUCGAGUGCGUCCGCCUCGGUCGCUCGCGAUGUGAUGUGAUGGGUGUCUCGCGGGAGCAGUUACACAGGAUCGCGGCUCAACAUUCGAAGCUCGAGUCUGAGUUGGAGGCGGCGGAGGAGAAAGUCCUUCGCCUGCGCAGACAAAAGAAAAUGUGGUUUGAAAAGAUGAUGAGGGCGGUCCGUCGUGGUAUUGACAAUCUGGAGGAAUUGGAUCGGGUGGAGCGUGAAGAGGCAGAGCAGGAGGAGCGGCGGCGAUCAGCCGAGGUUCUUCCUGAAGUGUCCCUGGAGUCGCUUCUUCCGGAUUCCAAUUUUGUCUGGGAUUCGACUUUCCCGAUGGGUCCUCUGAAUCCUUCGUUGUUGGAUGAGAUGAAUGUUCUUGCGCAACAUUCCGUUGGUUCGUCUGGUGGUAUGGUUUCGAGUCCUGGUCGGCCCUUAACUUCUGGGAAUGAUCCAACUCCUGAUAGUACUGGCGGAGCGGUUCCUGGCAAUCCUGGAGGUGGUUAAGGGGUUCCCAAGUGUUUUCUUCAUGUCCGUAGUUUUCCCAUUUAACAAGGUAUUCUGUUUUGCCGUGGUUGCGUCUGUGGUCGAGUAUUCGUUCAACGUCGUAGGUUUGUUCUGCGUCGAUCUCGAUCGUUUCUUGUGUGCUGGUGCCGUGUGGUGCCGGUUCCAGUAGUGAUACGUGAAAUGUGGGGUGAAUUUUCAUGGUGUCUGGUAAUGACAGUCUGUAGUUGGUGUCGCUGAUUUUCUUGCUGAUUUUAAAAGGUCCAAGCUUCUUGAAAUCGAACUUGCUGUUUGGUCGUUGUGUUUUGAUGUUGCGUCGAAUGAGGUAGACGCUAUCUCCCUCCUUGAAGGAUGGUCCCUUCAUCCGAUGCUGAUUGGCGUAAUUCAUCAUUCUUUCUCGUACGAACUCUAGUUCCUGCUGGAGUUCUUUGUGUAAUUGUC